AUGACCGUUAGAAGCUUACGAGCGUCUCCUUAUGCGAGGACAAUCAACAAAUACUGUCUCUAUUUUCUCGCAGCAGACUUGGUUUUAAUUUGUGUCGUCGUUUAUUUCUGGUAUUCGCUCUGCAAUGGGAGCUUCUGUACGACAAUGCCACGGAAACCGAGGACAAAUAUACUCGCUUUUGGUGACUCUAUUACUAAAGGCUUCGUAAAACACGAGCCUGUGGAGACUUACUAUCCUUAUUCAGAAAGUCUGAUGAAAACUUUAAAUCGUGUGCACUCCAAAGAUGUGAUUUUUGUCGUCGAAAAUCACGGAUUGAAUGGGGAUCGGGCUAUUGGCACUGCUCAAGCGAGGCUUAGAGCUGCCUUGAGGGAAAAACAGUACGAAUGGGUAAUAAUAGUGAUGGGAACUAAUGAUUUAAGUCGUUAUUUUAAGUCUGAUAAUUUUAAGAAAUUGUAUGAGAAUGACUCGGUAUUUUUGGACAAGUUGUUCGACAAUAUUAAGAAAUUGUGCGAAAUGGCACUACGCACGAACGCCAUCGUAAUACUGGGUACGAUCACCGCACGGCAAUGCGAAGAGCAAACGCAGAUUUGUGAUUCCUUAAUGGCUAACCGUGAAGCUCUGAAUGCCAAGAUUCGAAACUUUGUUAUGGACACAAAGGAACUGCUGAUACUAGCAGACUUUGAUAAGGAAUUACAGUACAAAACAAUGAGUGAAAAAAAGCGCAAACAAUAUUGGCAAGAUGAUGUUCAUUUCACCGAAACGGGCUACGAAGCAAUGGCAAAGUUGGUCUACAAGAAGAUGCUACCGUAUUUGCCUGAAAUGAUGCAGCAACCACAUGAGUCAAAGAACUUCACAAACGUUUAA